CCGCCACGAGCCCACGAGGCGGACACCGCCCGCCUCCUCGGCGACCGGUUGAUUCGAAUGCGGCCGCGCCGCCGCCGCCGCCGUGAGCGAGAGUGAUGCGCCUCGCCUCCUCCGCCUUCCUCCGCCGCGCCGCUGCCAUGUCCUCCUCCUACGGUCGCAGCAGAGGCUACCCGCGCCCCCGCCGCGGGUACUCGGCCAGGCCCUCGCCGCCGCCAGCGGCGCCCCCCGACUCCGGCGCCGAGCUCGUCAGCGGGGAUUCCCACCUCAGCGCCGUGCGCGCCGUCAACGAAUCCCUCCGCCGCGGCGGCGUCCGCGGCCCCCCGCCGCCCUACAGGCAAGGGCAUCAGCCUCACCAGCCGCACUACGGCUACGGCUACGGCUACGGUUAUGGCUACGGAUACGGCCGGCCACAGCACCCGGCUCCGCCUUACGGGGCUGUACCGUACAACUACGGCCACCCGCAGCAGCAGCAGCUGCCGCCGCCGGGGCCUCAGUACGGCUACGGGGCUCCGAACCCGUACGUUCAUGGGCACCCGCAGCCGCACGGGCGUGCGCCAGCUGGGGCAAGGUUCCGUCCUGGCGCGCCGCAGCUGACUCCCAGGUUGGCAGAUUACCGCCGACGGUGGCGGUUUGCGAAGCAGCAGCCGCCACGCCAAGCUGAGAGGUUUAAGGUUCUAUCGUACAAUAUACUUGCGGACUAUCUGGCCCAGGAGCACCAAUUUCUUUAUGAACGAAUACCAUCUUACAUCCUUGAUUGGAACUGGCGCAAAGACAAAUUAGUGUUUGAGUUCGGCUUGUGGUCUCCAGAUAUUCUAUGUCUUCAGGAGGUUGACAAAUUUACAGACCUUGAACAAGAAAUGGCCAGCCGAGGAUAUAACGGCAUAUGGAAGAUGCGAACUGGAAAUGCUGUUGAUGGAUGCGCUAUCUUUUGGAGAACAACAAGGUUCCAGUUGCGCUAUGAAGAGGACAUUGAGUUCAACAAGCUUGGACUUCGUGAUAAUGUUGCGCAAAUCUGUGUUUUAGAGUCAGUGGUCCCACAAAAUGAGCAAACUGACUCAACUAAUCUAUCUACAAGCUCAGGUCAUCCACAACAAGCUAAACAAGUUGUUGUAUGUAAUAUUCACGUUCUUUAUAAUCCGAAGAGAGGAGAAAUCAAACUUGGUCAGGUCAGGACACUUCUUGAUAGAGCUUACACUGUAUCUAAGUUGUGGAAUGAUGCUCCAGUGAUACUUUGUGGAGAUUUUAAUUCUACACCCAAGAGUCCGCUCUACAAUUUUGUGUUGGAGAAAAAGUUGAAUUUGUCCGGCCUUGCGAAAAAUACUAUAUCUGGACAGCAAACUAGUGGUAGUUCACAGGGGCUAUAUACUGGCCCUAAUAUAUCUCGAUCCCAUCCACCUUUUUAUCCAACCAACAGUAGAGGGGAAAACAUAACUCUUCUAAAUGACCGUGAGCCUAAGACUGAAACAACAAAGUCGGUGAAGAAUUCUUGCCCUGCUGGAAGAGAACAUGUAACUUAUACCUCUUCAGAAUCCCUCUUCGACUCCAAAUCAAGUAACUGUGUCAAUAAUAUACCUUGUUUUGGCUCUUCUAAUCUUGAUGAGCAAGGAUUAUCAAACUGUUUGGAAGGUCCUGUAAAGGAUACCUUUGCUUCUGAUGCUGACGAAGAAUGUACAUCUGCCGACAAACCCAAUGAAGGGUGUUUUGGACAGAUAAUAACUGAAUCUGGACAAGGACCUGACAUUACAGAUGUUCCGUCUGCUCCAGCCACAGUUUGUACUGAGAUCCUUAAGUCAGGCUCAUGUGAAAUAGUUGGUAGCAGUCAGCUGCUUUCUUCUGACGACUUGUCCGGCGAUGUGGUUGCUGAAGAAUUUACAUGUACUUCUGAAGCAAACGGGGUCCAAUCAGAUCAACAUUUGGCCAUCUUAAAAGAUAAGCCUAAUGAAAAGGAAAAUGCUAUUGAGUCCAUUUCUGCUCAAGAAAAUUGUGCAACUAAUGCGCUAGAGUCAUCUCAUUUGAAUGGUUCUCAGAAUGUCACUGAUGCCCUUCACCAGAUGAGUAAUCUGAGGCUAGAAGGAGAAAGUAGUACUGGACCAGGAGAACCAGUACGUCAACCAAAUGGUGCUGUUUCGGAUGCCUGCGGCAAUCAAUGUUCUGCUGAAGUGAUAAACAAGCAUUCAGUCUCUUGCAGAGAUGAAACUGAAAACAAUGCUCAUGCUUUCGAGGAUGAUAUGACAACUGAUGAAGUUAACUUCUCAGCUGUGAAUUCUGACCCUUCCUUCUUUGAAGAGUUAUGUGGUGGUACUGAUCGCUUACUUGAAGAGGAAGACCAGCUGCCAGUAACUUCAGAUGGUUCACCAUCGUCUCAGCAGAUGGUUAGUUCCAAUGAAGGGUAUUACUAUUAUGAUCCAUACAGGUGGACUCCAGACGAAAUAAAAGCUGCCACUGGGAAUGAUGAAUGCACUUCAGUGGAACACAAUUUGAAAUUAAGGAGUGUGUAUACUGAUGUCGAGGAUUUUGAAGGGACGAAAGAUGCCAACAAGGAGCCGCUAGUAACCAGCUACAACAGAAAAUUCAUGGGAACAGUUGACUAUAUAUGGGCCACGGAAGAUCUGCAGACUGUUCAAGUCUUGGAUACAUUUCCCAAAGAAAUUUUGAAUCAAACAAUUGGGUUCCCGACAAAGAAAUGGGGAAGCGAUCACAUCGCCCUUGCCUGCGAAUUGGUGUUUACAAAAUAAUGCCCAUAAAAUGGGCUGAGGAGAUACCUGCACAGCCGCGAGUAACCAAACACAUUACCUCAGGAGCAAGAAUAGUAUACGGACGACUAACGUUCAUUUCUAUGUUAUAAUCCGGAACCAAAUUUUGGUCAUUUAUUUAGAGCUCGUUGAUUUCUUUUCUUUGUUUUUCUUGGGCAUAUCUUUUAAAUUGUACAUGAGUGGAGGAAUACAUCGUUUGAGUCCAGUUUUAGAGCAGGACUCCUGCUCAAUCUGCUGUGGAGAGUGUAUCGUGUGAUGUGCUUACAUUCUA